CUUCCGCCAUUUUUAGUUGUAAGACGCAGGACCCCGAAGGUAAUUUAUGCAACAACUAUGAAGAAAGAAGGACUUGGGUAGCAAUACUUUGUAUUCUGAUGCGUUCUACAGUAAGUGAUUUUAACAGUAGAGAAUGACUGACACCCAAGGACAGGGAAAGGCAGCGCCUGCCCUGCCAAAAAUUAAGAAACAGAGUAACAAAGGUGGUUUGCGAAAUGUGGAAAAUAACAGCAGAGAUGCACAGGAAGUGAAACUAACAAUAGAGCGAUCGAAUCUGGACUUAACGUACGCCUCUCCAUGGAGUCCCAAAACAAUCCAGAUGGUUGUCAACAAGGAGCUGGAAUCUCAGUACAGGGAAAAGAAGACAGCCAUGAAGGAAGAAGGACGGCCCGCCAGGGAGCUUCAGGACCACUUUGCAUUUAUUUUGGUGAAAGAUCCAAAAAUAAUGACAAAGAUAGCACAAGAAGGCGUCAAGACCAAACAAAUAGCAUUCAACGCUCUAGGUAACAGCAAGCUUGGAAUCUAUGUCUGUAAGCAUGCAGAUGUGCAGCUGAAACUUGCAGAAUCAUGGAGGGUUGACCAAUGCCACCUUAUUGUUUGCAAGGUUAUGUAUGGUAAAUGUAAACUGGUCACUCCACAAACUGGCACUGAAAUAGAGCCUACACCCAACUUUGACUGCCAUGUCUCUCAGGAAAAACCAAAUCCCAACGAUUCCUUCAGUUUACAGAUCAUAAAGUCCAUGGUAUACAUGUAUGAAUACAAUGAGGAUUAUGAAACAGUUGACAGACCAAAGCACUGUGUACCUUAUGCAUUUGUAGUCUAUGAAAAAUCUAGGGAUAAAAGAUUAAGCUCUGACACAAAGCCUAUACAGUGGGCAUCUAAACCAAAACCAUCAGCAAGUUCGCGUCCAUCCUCUGGAGGAAAUGAGGCUCUGAGAAAAUCUAACAGAGAAGCCUUUGAGAAAAGGGUAGCAGGCUUAUACAAUGCUCCCCCAUUCCCUCACUUGUAUAUUCCGCCAGUGGAGAAUCGGAUGACAAGUCAACAGGGAUUGCUUCCAUUACCCAUUCUAAGGCCCUCCAUAUACAGUGUACACCAAACAAGGCAGGAUCCCAGGGUAAGGUCUUCAAGUCAGGAUGAUGAGUCUUCACUGACUAAAUCUGUUGAAGAAUCUACUGCAACCACCAAAUUAGUAGAAGAAUCUACUGCAGCCUCCAAAUCGGUGAAACCUGAACAAGUUAUUUCACCUUCCAAAACUGUGGAAGAAAUAGAUACUGUUCCUUAUAGCCCUGGCAAAGACCACGAAGAAAGUGGUGAAGAGUCCUAUGUAGACACUAUUCCUACACCUGAGAGAGAAUUGGAGGAAAGCAUUAUUAAGGCAUCAUUCAGAAAAGACACUCACCCCCCUGAACAAAGCACAGAAGAAAAAGUUGAUCUCUCCAUGCUGAAUGCAAAUUCUGACCAGCUGGAAGCAGUUGUGAAACAUUUAGAAGCAGUAUUAAAAAAGAAGCAGGAGGAAUUGUUGAUAAAAGAAGGCAUGGUGCAGGAUGAAAAAAAUUACGAAUCUCAAUAUGAGAUUGAGGAAAUUUCUCAGAUGCAAGAUGUUGAUGAACGAAUUGUAGGAAGUGCAGAGGAAAGUUUUGUCGUGAAUGAAAUGGGAGAUAUUGAUGAAAGAGUUAGAUCCACUUCUAAUAUGCAAGAUGAUGCUUGGAAUACAAAUUUUGCAAAUGCUUUUGGAUUUGAUCCAAGAAAUAUUCCUUUCAAGAAGUCUGUAAAAGACUUACCAGAAGAAGAGAAAGACAAUAAACACAGUACUGACAUAAUAAAAGAAGUUCCUAUGGAUAUCGACUCUGACAAUGAAAGUAAUCCAAUCAAAAGUGCAAGCCCACCACAAUCAAAAGAUGAUUCACCUCAAAAAGAAAAGACAGGCAGAAAAGUAUCCCUAUCGGAUUAUAAAGCUAGAAGAAAACAGACAUCGCCUAUUAGGCCCAAAGUAAAUGAAACAGUAGGUAGACCAGAAAUUCUCAGAAAUAAAACUUACCAAGGAAAAGAGGUAAAUUCUUUAUCUUCACAGACACCUACCUCAACAUAUUCUCAGUAUUUAACAGAAGAACAAGCUAGAUAUUUUCAACACUCUUAUUCACACCAACAAAACAGAACCAUGGAAAUGGGACACUUGAAAUUUCCACCUACAGCUCAUUUUCCUAAUACCUCAUCUAGUCAACUUACAGACAUUCAGAAUUCUCAAAUGUUGGGACAAUUAUCUUCCAAUCUUCAGAUCACCAAUAGCUCUUUGCAAUCUCCUACAGCAAGCAGAUCUCCUGGUUCAGCUGGUAGCUCUCAUUUUGGAGGCUUUUUCCAAAGGUCUCCAACUGGUCUUUCACCUGGAGCAUCAUCAAACCAGCCAAUUGGAAGUAUUUUACACAAAGUGAAUGUAGAUAUCUCCAACAUAAAAAACAUCUUACAAAGCAUAGCAUCACCAACGACAUCACCAACCGUUAGUCCAGAAAAGAAUAUUUGGUCGUCUGCUCAUGAAGAUGUUCCAUGGAUGCAGUUGAAAGAUGUUCAGCGACAACUUUCAUUUGAAGAAAAACAGGCAGAGUUGAGGUAUGAUGCCUAUAAUUUGACAUCUUCUAAACCCGAAAAACCUGUUGAAGAUGACGAUGAUUCCGAUUUUACCUCUCUCAUCUCAAAAAUUAAGAAUUUACAGCAAGAAAUUGAUCAAAUUAAAAAGGAUGAGAAAUCAAAAGGUACAGAGUGGCCUAGUCCAUUGAAAGCAGUGAAAGAACUUGUUGAUAAAAAGUUGGAGGGUAGCAAACAGGAAAUACCCUCUGUUAGCAGAGGUGCAAAUUUACUACAAGAUCUUUCAUAUUUCGAAGAGGAGAAAAAGGAAGAGAAAGAAAAACCAAAGAAAGAAACUGAGGUUAUUGAUCUAAGUGGAGAUGGAGUAAAUAUUCCAGGAUUCGGAUUUUCCGAAGAAAGUCCAGGGAAAAAAUUUCAAACACCUCCUGAGCGCAUUGAAAUUCCAAAGGAACCCGAGACAAUUGACCUCUGUGAUGAUGAUUUGCAGGAUGAUGAAAUUUCACUUAAAAGAUCACAGGAAGAACCAUUGUCUUUAUCAGACAAUCACGACAGUGAUGAUAACUGCCUUGUUAUAUGUGAUCAUUCUCCAGGAAAAAUAGAUGAAUCAACAGCACCAAAGACAAAUCCAAGUUUACUUGGCUUUUACAAAGAUACUCUCAUGGAUGAUGACAAAGUAAUGAAGGAUGUGAAGGAAAGUUGUCUACAAACUGAAGAGAAUAUUCACAUAUUUCAAAUGCCAAAGGCCGUUCCUACCACAACAAAGAAUUCAAAGAACAAUGGAGUAGAGAUAAACUUGGAAAAUGAUAAAGAAAUCGGCUAUAUUUCUUGCGAAGGUUCAUAUACAUCAGAAAAUGAUAAUUCUCCUGUCAAGCAGAAGUCAACAUCAACAAAAAAAGUAACUGAAGAUGGAAGAAAAACCCCAGAGGAUUUGGGUUCUAGACAACAAGAAAACAGCAAAGAACUUCAUUCAAAGGAAACACCUUCGAAGUUAUCAACAGUUUCAAGCUCGACAGAUUUAUCAGUUAGAAGGAGUCCAUCUGACAUGUCAUCUAGUGACGAAUCAAAAAGGAAAGCUCAGAGAGCCAAAAUGAAAGCAUACUUGCUGAAAAAGAAAAGAGGGAUGAUUGGAUAUACAAAGAAGAGAAAACGGAAAAAGAAACAUGCGGAGUUGGAUGAUCUUAUUAGCACAACCUCCUCUGACCUCCUGGAUGUCAGUGAAUCUCUGAGUUUGGAUAGAUUUUCUGGUGCCCUGUCUUCAAAAUCAAGAAUGUCUUCCCCUCUUGAUAGUGUGCAAAAGCUGAAUCCGAAUACUUUGCUGGCUGACUUGGGUGUGAAACACUGGACAGAUGGUUUGAAAGUCAAAGAACUGCAACCAGUUGUCUACCUAAGAAGGUGUGAUGACCCAAAGUCUUUAACAUCGAACCAGCCACUGACAAGGAUACAGUUAGAAUCUCAGUCUUCAGAAAUAUUGCCAGAUGUGGAUAGUCGUUUUCCUCAACAUAAAGAUGACAGAGUUAAAGAGUGGAUUGAAGGCACAAGAAAGAAGAUAAAACUAACAUUGAAAGACCAGAAAGAGAAUGAAAUGGAAAAGGCGCAAAAUAUUCCUGUGUUCCAUACUUCAGAGAGAAAACUUUCAAUACCAGUUUCAGCAAAACCUGAACCGAAGAAAUUAGAUGACGUGAAUUUCAAUGAAAAGAAAGAAAUUAAACAACAAAUACUACAGCCUAGUCAAAUUAAAAAAGAACCCUGUUUAAAGUCAGAUGCGGUGUCAAUGACUGUUACAGGUGUGAAAAUCGAAAAUAAACCCACUCAAGGGCAAGUUAGGAACAUCUCCCCAAUCACAGUUAUUUGCUCUAAACCGCCAAUAAUAGCACAGACGAGGGUACCUUCCCCAGUUGUCACUUGUGUACAAAGUGCUAAUAUCAGUUUUAAACCAAUAAGUGUAACUUCAGGUCAGCAAUUAGCAGCUGCAAAACAAGACUUGUUUACCCCGAGAGUUGUUAGACUUUCCUCGAGUGCUCCAUCUCAGCAAAAUCUGGUAAUUCCCACUAUAAGAUCUGAGCCAGUUCCUCCACAAUCAACAACCAACUUGGUGACCUCAUCAUUCACAAAUCUCCCGCAACAGGCACCUCACCUGUCUGCCAAUCAGAUGACACUUAUUUCAACAUACAAUAGCUAUCUUGCCAAUCCUUCAGGACUCACGGGGUCCUAUCCUGUAAUAAACCCUGUUUCAGCAACUCCUCAAAGACCACCUGCUGCACAACCAUCGUCAUGUAACCAGCAAGGUUCAGCAGUCCAGUCUUCAAGUUCUCCUUAUUUAUCAGCAGUGCCCCUUCAUUCAGGGGUUCCAUCAGCAGUCUCGCAAGGACAAUCGGCAGUUGUCAAUACCAAUCCAGCGCUGAAAAAUGUGUCUCAAGGAAAUGCACAUAUUGGUGGUAAUAUUCCAGUACAUCCUCAAAAUGCCCAUGUUCCACCUAAUGAGCAGAUGCAUCAAAGCAGCUUAGUUCAAGUACCUAAAACAUAUGGUAUUAAUCCUAACUUUCCACCACCUUACAGAUACACAUCUGCAGCUCAGCAACCGUAUCCUAUCCAAAGAUUUCAAACUCCAGUUACUCAAUCUGUAUUCCAAGGUUCUUAUCACCCUUCGCAAUCACCAAUCCAAAGUAUUCAGCGGCCAAAUCUACAAAGACCACUGUAUACAAAUCAACCCCAUCAACAACAGAUGAAUCAAAGAGCAACAUUUCAACCUGUUCAUCAAGGAAUGGCAGAUAACCAGAGAGUACCGCCUCGACCUGCUCUUCAGGUUGUGACACCACCAACAACUCCCCUCUCUCAAGUUUUACCACCUCAGCCUAUUCCUCAGAACCCAUCAUCCUACCCUAAACUGCCUUUUGGACAGGUACCGGCACCGCCCUCUUCCACUUUAAAUGAUACGACGGCUGCAAAAAGAAAAUCUACAGAUGUUAUGGAUUGGUUUGUUGAAAAGUUUGUAGCUAAGAAACAUGUGAAGGAGAGUGGGUCAAGCAGCUAUACUGAUACAUAUUCCGAUACUGAUUCUAAAAAUUCACGAAGAUCAAGAUCUCGAAGCCCAACUGACUCUUAUACUGAAUCAUCACUAUCCCCAAGUCCACGGAAAAAGCGAUCCGAUUCUUUUUUAGUCUAUGGCUGCCAGCAAGGAGCUGGCAGAAAUGAAUCUAAUACGAAAAUGAUGGAUGGAAGUGCACUAUCCUCACAAAUAAAAGACAUGUCACCAGAAAGAGUGAAAUAUUCACCUGUAAUUGACGGAAAACAACAUUCACCAGAUUGGAGGAGACCGUCUUUUGAAAAACAGAAUUCUUCGGAAAAUCGAGGAAGCCAGGUUGUAAAUAAUAUGAAUUUGAAAGAUCGUGUAGAAAAGAGUCCAACAAAGAUUGACCAUCCAAGUCGUCCUGUCAAAGGACCAUCUAUUGAGGAAAAACCUAAACCAACAUUUAGAAACACUUUUAGGCAAGUAACAAACGAUGUGCUGCAAUCAGAACAAGAAAUUGCAGAUGCUCCAGCAAGUCCUGACACUGACACUCGAAAUGUUACAUUUGAGACCCCUGCAAGUCCCGAGCAGGAAACACCAGCAAGUCCAGAUCAUAAUGUUUCAGAAAUCCCACAAAUAUCUUAUGAGAUCAUUGAAUUGGGCGAAAGUCCAGAGAGGCCUACAGAUGAUGAAAAAAUGGAUCUUUUUGAUACUUCAAUUGAUAAACUUGAUCGUAAACGAGAAGCAAUCAGAAGACAAUUGGAUGAUUUAAGAUCCGACUCAAAUUCUCCCCGGGUGAUCAGGAAUGUUGAAUUGAAAUCUAAUGACUUGAUAGAGAUUUCUGAUGAAGAACUUGAAGAGGGAGAAAUAGCUGAUGAAAGUAAACGAAAAGAAAGCGGUUCUGAUAAUGACAGGCGAAUUGUUGCUGUUCAUGGAACUGAGGAUUCCAAAGAUAAAAUUUUGAGCAAAUAUCAUGAGGGAUUAAGUGUGACUGUAAAUGCUAAAGGAAAAUCAGAUCUGGGAGGUAAAACCAAAACUAUGAAAACAGAGUAUGACGCGAAUAAUUCCGAAAGAAUGGAUGAAAAAGAUAAUAAUUGGUCUUCAGAUGACAGUGAUCGUGAAAUGGACAGAAAAAGUCGUUCAGAUAGGUAUGGCUACAGAUAUAGAUCGUCAAGAAGAGAUCCGUAUUCACGCAAAUCACAUGAGCACAGAUCAAGAUUUAGAUCACGAGGUCGAAGUUCAAGCAGUGAUAGGAGGUAUAGAUCACAUCGUCGUAGCUCUAGCUCCAAAAAGCGCUACACAUCUCGAGGUAGGAGCUCCAGUAGUGAGAGACGAUACAGAUCGCGCAAUCGAAGUUCAAGUAGCGAGAGACGCUAUAAAUCACGUGGUCGGAGUUCAAGCAGUGAAAGGCGGUACAAAUCACGUGGUCGGAGUUCUAGCAGUGAAAGGCGUUAUAAGUCUCGUGGUCGCAGUUCCAGUAGAGACAAACAUGAGAAAUACAAAAGGUCUAAUAAGUAUAAAGAAUAUGGCAGUGAUUCUAGCGAAGGGGCAACCAAGAAGAAAAAUAAUAGAGAUGUUUCAAAAGACUACGUCACAGAUAGAGCACUUCCUAGUCAAAGCGAAUCGCUUAACAAAAAUGAAAAGCCCCAAACAGAUAAAGUACCAUAUGAAAGGAAAUUCAGCGUCUCAACGGCAGCAAAUGCUUGGUCUGAAAUGUUACGACAAAAACCUACAAAUAUUGAGGUCAUAAAGGGUGACAGAAAGGACAAAGACGUGCCUAUCCCAACUCAAGACGACUUAAAUGUGUACAAAGAGCUAAAGGAAUAUAUAACGAAUAAAAAACUUGAAGCGAUAUCAACCAUCCAGAGUGGAAAUGGGCAAACUAACGUCUCUGAUCAAGCUAAAGAAACAAAAGGUUUUGUCAGAGUUAUUCAAAAUAUGACUCCCAAAGAGACAUUUAAAUCUUGGGCAAUCAAGGAAUUUAAAUUUAAUACAGAAUCCGAAUUUGAUGAAAUCGCAUCUAAGAUAACUGUGAAUUUGAACUUGGAGAUAACGCAGUUAUCGAAGUGUCAAAGAAAGGCAACCAAGGCCAAAUUGCGGAAAGAAGUAGAAAUAGCAAUGGAAUCAUUACGAAUAGAACGACUUGGUGCUAACCAAUCAUUUCCCGCUUCUUCUGCAGAAAGCGUUGUGAAAAAUGACAGAAAUGCAUUACAAAUUAGGCCUUUUGAGCCUUUGAAUAUAAUGAAAAAUUCAAUUGAAAAAGAAUUAGAGAUAGUUCGGGAUCAUCUGAAGAAACUGUGGCAUUCUACACAAGUGUUGAUUGAUGCCGUACAUCCUACACAUGUAGGUUCAAAGGGGGCCCCAAAAAGUGACAAAAGUGCCCAUUUAUUUUCGAUAAGACAGGACAUGCAACAAAUAGAAACGGACUUAGUUCAAAGAACUGCAACGUAUGGGGCGCACUACGGAGUAGUGAAUCGCCGUGUGCCAAACGAGUUAUUGACCGAUGAGGAGAAAAAUAGCCACUUUUCUGAGGAGAGUUUAGUACUGGUACUAUCGGGAUAUAUUCCUUCAAAGGCCUUUCAAAAGCUCACAGCAUUACGAGAAAAACUUGAAAACGCAAAAAAAGACAUUGCAAAAGCAGAGUCAUUGCAAAAUAAAGAGCAGUUAGUAAGACUGAGAAUGGGUAAAGAAGAGAUUCACAGAGCCAGAAAGGCCAUGAUGUUAUCAUUCACAGGGCCUCUAUCAAAGAAAAGGAUUCAAAAGAUCAAAACAAAGGCAAAGUGUUACAGAAACUGCGUAGAUUAUUUUAAAAAGGAGCUGGGUGAAUUUGAUGCAGAAACUCACCUGAGGUACCUGAUGAUAUCCCUGCAAGAUCUGGAUAAACACUUCAGUUUGUUAACACAGUUACAGGAGGAACAAGAAAAACAAAAGCAAGAGGAAAUAAAUCAAGACAUUCAUCUGAAGAAAAGAAGAGUGAUGGUGAACAAAUUUCACGAUAACUUUCGGUUUGUUGACAACCAGUUGAACAGCAUGUUUGCGAAAUAUCAAUUCACGAACCCGCACGUGCUGCCCGCCAUUACGGAUGUUUCCAGAAAGAUCAAAGAAGCCUUGGUGUUAAUAGAUGCUGAGAAAGAUUCUAAGAACAUUUCCGUCAACACUGUUGCCCAGUUAGAGCAGAUUCUGAAAUCAUGCCUAACCGGCUACGAAAAUGUUAAACAACAAAUAGUUGGCCUUGAAGUGAGUAUCAGGUCACAUUAAGAUGUAUACAUUUUUGCUGUCAUAUUCUUUCUUCGUACCAGCAUUCUGCUAUUGUUGUAUAUUGUGUUGUAUUGCGAUUUUUCAAAAUCUUAAUAUUAAUGAAAAUAAUCCUACCUACAAUAUGUUUAAAUUCUCCUAUCUUUCUUCUGCUGCCCUUCGAUUGUCUCCUAUUAGAUGCAAAACUUUAUGGCAACUUCAGCAUGCAUAUUGUGUUGUACAAUUAUUUUUUGAAAACACUAAUCGAUCUGUUAUAUCAUAUCAUUACACAUAUGUAUAAACAAAUACAUGUAGUUUUAAAUAAUUUUGGA